AUGGAGAUCUCUGGAAAUCUCCUUACAACGGGCUCUGCUGGGGACUUCAUGAACAUUCUUCAACCCAGAGAUGUUCAGCACGCUGAGAACCAGACACAGGCUAUAAGGGAGAUAGGUGCGCCGGAAAGAGGUAUUAAGAGGAAAGUUGAUGUAGUACAAAUAGAGGAUGAAACUUCUACAAAUCGACAAAACGUUCAAUCAACACGCAAUGGUGAAGAAAAAGGGGAGGUGGUAACCCCGAAGCCACCAGAGCCCCAAUGA